GGUAGUGCUUUAGCAGGCGAUAUCUAUGUCUACUUAACAUUCACAAAAGAGCUGUAUAUACACACUAAUAUAUCUUAUUAGUGUUCGGCAGAACCCCGUGUAUACCCAGCAUGUCCAAACUCGGUCACCAUUCUACCGCGGGGAUCGUACGUGAAACUGCACCGGCUUACAACAGGGCUUUAACAAGCGGACACCUAAUAAGUCACAAUUUUGGCAUGGAAUCAAAUUUUCACCUCAACGUAAACCACUUGCUACACGACGUACGUGUCCAGUCUUAUUUUGCCGGAGACCAGCGAUGAAAACAUAUUUUCUGAACAAUGGAGGACGUUAAUGACGAUUUCGUCGUGUGUAGCGUCUGCACCAAGGAGUACGACAAUGAGAAACGUGUACCAAGAGUUCUUCUCUGUCUACAUUCCUGCUGCUCCUCGUGUUUGGACGAUCUGACGGUCAAACGCGAGGUUGAGUGUCCAAAAUGUAAUACGCGGCACGAAUCCAGUAAUGAAUCUAGCACGGAUUUCCCGGUCGACAGUGCUUCUAGAAAUUUCAUCGACUUCCUCCGAGUCCAACGAAAGCCAACUGAAAUACCAUGUACUGACUGCCCGGACCAGGACCUUGCCGAAGCUUUCUGUAAAGAAUGCUUCGUUUUUAUGUGUGGAGUUUGCUCCAGUGCUCAUAAGCGUACCCAGUUAACGAGGAAACACGCUAUAACUUCUGUCGACGACUUGCAGGACUACGGACUUGACGAAUUCCAUAGACGCGACACUUGCGAUAAACCCGGCCACGAAGACCAGGUAUACACUUUCUACUGCGAUCGAAGGGGAUGCGACAGGCCUGUUUGCACAUUAUGUGCUGUUUGCGACCAUAACCAAACAAAUGGGCAUCUUAUUAGGAACCUGACUGACGUGUAUGAGGACAGUAAGUCUGUGGUAGAGAGUGUGGUUCGUGAACUUAACACGAAGGAAAGUCCUGUUACAGAAUCGAUUGACAUCCUUCAGCGUCUUCUAGAUGAUCUUGAAGAAAAGGAAAGCGAGAUCGUUGAAGAAAUCGAUACAACAUUCAAUACCCUUGCUCAAGUUGUUAACGAUAGGAGAAGCCAGCUCCAUCGAGAACUUGAGAAUCAGUGUAUUUCAAAGAAAAGAGACCUUCAACAGAAGCUACACCAUCUGAAGUCAUAUGCUGGGAAUGUUCAAACUGCCAACGAGUUCGUAUCUCGCGCUGUCUCCUAUACAAAUCCUACAGAAUUUCUGCAUUUGAAAAAUACAAUCUUAAAACGACUGCUAGAGCUGAAAAACCUGUCUUUCACUGCCCCAACCAAAGAGGAUGUGACGCUGCGUUUUUACCAAAACUUCAUCGAAGAGUCGUUUAUACAGCUUGUGAAAAACAUAGGAGUAGUAACCUCUCGCGAAAAAAACCCAACAACGAACAACCUCCCACCAAGCCCUCCUGAAAAGGAAAUCACAAAACAAGAAGAGCCAGAAAAACUAUCACGACAAUUCAAUACGUAUGCACCUUCCGAUCGAUCGGCCUUUCAACGACAGAUAAGCCAGCCGAGUUUUACGGAAAAACCAGUAUUUCCAAAACAAAUAAGUGCCCCAAACCCUGUCGUUGACAAGCCAGUGUAUCAGAAGCAAGCAAGUGUUCCAAGCCCAGGCGAAAAGCCCACCUACCAAAGACAAACCAGCGUUCCACUGGAUCAUGGACUUAAGGACGCCCGGCAAAGUGUUCGGGAUGACAUCAUCGCCACUCGUCAGUCGAGGCAGCAACAGCUUCCUCCGACGCCGACGGUCAACGGGAUUUCGGGCGAGAUUCACCCGAGGGACAAGUCACCCAGUGGAAGAGUUGGUCAAGUCAAACCCAAUGGCGACUUGCAGCGGAAAUUGAGACCAGCACCAGCAAAUAUCUUCAAAAGUGACUCCAAGUCUUCGCCAAUGGGCCUGGGUGACUUCCUAAAAGAUCUAGAGUGCAAGGGCGAAUUACCAGUUAGGAUGGGUGUUGAUUGUGAAGAAGAAGAGAAGACAACACGACCACCAAUGUCAGAGCCAGGGACCCCAGAGAGGUCAUUCAAACCCAUCACCCCAACCAACCCUACGUCACCGGGGAAUAAGUUCAACAAUACUCCAAAGGGAGCACUGCCGACACCGAAGUCCCCUCGAAAUCCUCAUCCUUCAGCUCGCUAUGUCAUGUGGAGUAAUGCAUGUGCUUAUCCGUACGGAGACAAGGGAGCUCUGUUAGGAUUCCAUCACCAAGGCAGCAGGACAAAUGUGGAAGGGAAAGAACUGUUGAGGUCUAUCCAAACUACUCCAUCAUCAGCAGUUAUCUUUGGGGACGUUGUCUGUCCUUACUUCGUGUUCGACGUGGAGACCAUCCACACUGAGAGGGAGGUAUCUAUUGACGGAAAACAACUCCGAAAUCGGAAGUCGGGUAGCCCUUCUGGUAUUCCAAACAGCUCUAAACAGCUUCAAAAGUACAAAGGCAUCGUGGGUACAUUUGGCUUCAAAGAACCCGGGAAAUAUUACUACGAGGUCGAUGUGUCGUUCACAAUACAUCAACCACUGGAAGAAACAUGGCUCGUGUUCGAAUUAGGGAUUGGUCGAGCAGACGACAUCGACAAACACCACACAGUGGAACGUCAUGAACAUUCACGGUCAUGUUAUGUCGCCCGAUACCCGGAGGACGGAAAACUAGCACAAGAAUUCUGGCAUAACCGUGACCUUUUGACUUAUGUUCCUUUGUCGGACAACACGGCAGGUCUGACGGUCGAUGUGACGUAUGGUCUGGUGGUUGACACAAAGAGGAGGAAAUGGACAGUGUCUGACACAAAGCGAGAGAAGAAACUUCAUACCUUCACUGGAAUCGAUUUUUCGGAACCUCUCAUCCCGGUGUUUGGCACGUACAACCCUGACCUUGUCAGCGUCGAAAUGAACAUUAAAACGGGAUCGGAAAUUACGUCAUUUCCGGCGUUCUUAAAAGGAUUUUGAUGUCGCUCAACCAAUAUCAGAAAGUAUCAAAUUAUUAUAUAGAAAGAAAUGAAUCAUUGAGAAAUGUUUUGAUACUGUCUUAGAAAUAACGUAAUAUAUUAUCAAUAGAUAAUAUUUAAUUCAAUCCAUUGUCAGAAAAAUACUAACAACUGUUAUGUGUAAAGGGUAUUUAGAAAGUGUUACAAAUAUUUUCAAUAUAAAAGGUAGCUAAUAUAUCUAGAGGAUUUAUGAUGAGCAAACUAAAAAAUAUUUCUCGGGGUCUGACAUGACGUUUUUUACAGUAUCCCUAGAGGUGUUUUUUUUAUCACAUUACCAAAAAGAAAAACAAAUGUCGAGACAAUUAGGAAAACACUAUUCAGGGGAAAUAUCUUGUUAAGAAACAACAGAGUUUUUAGGUAUUUAUGGUAAUGUCACGAGAAGUUAUAUUGGGUUACCUGUGUUCCUAGAAAUAAAUCGUAUCUUAUAUCUAGUCUAGUAUUCAUGCUUGGAAGAUUGAAGUCAGUUAUUCCUAUCAGUAUAACUACUGUGAAAUCAGAUAUUUUAAUGGGGUCGAAAUUGCGUGGUUUCCCGAAAAAACUACCAUUUCGUGGGUUCAUACAUUCGUGUACUACGAGUAACCACUAGCAUGGAGAAUUGCUUUAUGUCAAACUUGUAUAUACUUCAUGGAUCUAUGAAUUCGUGGAUAAAGAUUACCCAUGAAAUCAACGAAUUUAAAAAAGUCACGAACAUUAUUGAUUUUACUUUAUAUCGGUCUCACCUUCAAUUUAAUGCUGAAUAGAUUGAUCAAUUAAUCUCUGAGAAAACUGUACUCGAUUAAAAAAACUGUUACUAUGUACCAGUAGACAAUUGUACCCACUUACAACACGAUGUUACUUUAUACUAUUGUUGUAUACAAUUAUACUCGCUUAGAGUAAGAUGUUAAAUACUAGCGAACAUUUGUGAUAUCAGUGCCGAAAUUCAUUAUGGUUUAUACAGGUGUUUGGAACUAUUUUGUGGGAUACAAUAUUACAAGAAAGUUUGAACCGAAGAGUAACAUCGUUCGAUGUGAUGGCAGCUAACUGAUAGAUGAGAAAUAAACAAAACACACUCACACACAUGUAGAUUACACCCUUAACAUUUGGUAAUUGAUACAGUUAGCCAAAAAUGAAUUGAAUUACACUGCGCCAUACAGCUGUGACGUCCUUCUUGGACUCGUGAGUGAAAGCUAGGUGCCGAGGAGAUGGAUAUACCAAUUGAUCUGAACUACUGUUGAAAAAUAAGGGAAGAUGCAUAAAACUUCUUCUGUUCCUGUAUUACAAAACUUCAAAAGAUGAGCACUGGUUAAUUUCAAAUCAGUUAUAAAUUACGUGUGUUUAUUCUGAACCGUGUCACUCCUCAAAGAGAUAACUGCGAUAAGGCACUUUUGCAUAUGCUAAUUUUGCGUCGAAUGGAGAGAAAAUAUAGAUUAUUGGUAAUUUUAGGGUAUUUUUUUAUUGAUAAAGCUCUUUAUUUUUUAUACUCUACAAUAAACAAUUUUGUCAUUUUGCGUCGUUUUAUCAACCCUAGAAACACGUUUUUUAGACGUAAAUGUAGAAAAAUUCUAAAAUGGUUUUCAUAAUUGUAAAACUCUAUACUUUAGUAUACUGUUUAUAUAUAAAUCUCCGUAAAGUUCAUCAUACAUAUACAUAUGUAUUUAAUUGUCUAUGUCACAAACUGUGCUGUGUGGUUUUUUUAAACAAUUCGUAUCUCUUGAAAAUCAAACGAUUUUUAUUAGCAUGUAAAUGUAUUCAUGUUUGCUAUAUACAGUGUAACUUAAUAUUUCUGGAUUCUACCAGAGAUGAUGUCCAUCCUAAACAUUUCAUUAAAAAACAAUAGUAUAAUUUUCGUAAACACUUAAGUAUGAAAGAAAUGUUAAACAAGGAUUCAAUGUGUUUUAAUCCUCUCCUAAACAGUCGUGUUGUACCUAAUUAACGUUUUGUUUUCAUACCUUUAUUUUCGCGUUAAUGCUCGAGCAGACGAUAUGAUUGGACAAUUUGUUAGGGUAGUGUUUUUUGCGGGGUUCUAUUUUUCGCGGUCUGUCAAAUAUGCGUAAUGACAAGAAGACAAAUGUGCGAAUAUCAGAAAAUUAUGGACUACGAAAACAAGAUUAUUGCAGUAAUUUGACAGACAUCAGCAACUGAAUGUGUAGCGUUUGAUGUUCUUUUGCGAAUUCAAUGAUUGCGAAUUUGUUGUUGGUAGAAGAUCCGCGAAAAAAAACACCCACACAAAUGUAUUGAUUCGUAAUAAGUGUAUAUGCCUUAUAAAAAUAGUAUAUAGGAUUAAUUGUGAUACGAUUUCCGUCCCAUAACUGUAAGUAUUGUCAUUUGGUCAUAUAAAAA